AUGAAGCAACCCAAGGGGCCCAAUGAAAGCAAGGGAAAGGGCAAAUCCAAUGCCCGAGUCCAAACGGGCGGAGAGAAUUCUCGCCCAGGCACAUUUGUUGUGAACAGGGGAGGUUUGAUGGCACCCAAGAACACCAAGCAACCGGCACCAGAACCUGAGGCGAUGGAGGUUGUCGAUGUUGAACCGAGCGCCGACAAGUCCAAAAACGGGGCUACCCGGGAAACGGCAAUGCUGGUAUCAUCCCAGGGCUCUCUCGGUUCAAGCUCUGCCAGCACUCCCCGAAAGAAGACUGGGCCUGCCAACAACCAGACCUCAAUUUUUGGCUGGGUUGAACGAAUUGGCUCCCCUUCCAAGAGCCCCACAAGUACCGCAUCGAGUGCUGGCAACAAAACAAGUACCAACACUCCAGUUCGUGGCGGAAAAGGUGGCAAGACCGGGCCCAACCACAAGAGGGGAGAUGUCGCAACUACCAUUGCGGAGGGCAGAAAGAGGGCCCGUACAGAAUCCGAAUCGAGUUUACGGGGCUCUCGUUCCAGGCGCAGAGUUGACGUUGACGAUUUUGACACGGCCAGCUCUUUAGCGGAGUCCUCUAGUUCCCAACAACAGGCUACUAACACUGUCGACUCUACCAAAAAACAUGGCAAGGGCAAGGGCAAGGGCAAAGCACCCGUUGAAACAAGAGACAGCGACGUUGAAUGUGUUGAAGAGUCAGAAUACUUUGACGAUUCGGAAAGUGAUGGAUACAACUAA